AUGGGACACUUUUUCACGGGCUGGGCGCUAUGGGAGGAGAUGACCUUUGUUCUAGGAAUGGCCAUCAUCGUUGUGUUCUGCAUGGGGCUGCUCAAGCUGUGGUGGACCAACAGGGCAGUGCGACGGCACGAGAUCCUCGACAUCGAGAAACGCGCACGGCUGACCGAGAUGCGAAAGACGGGCCUGUCCUCGAAACGCGGCGGCGACAUCCCCUUUGGCAUUCGGGCGAUACAGAGCGGCAUAGAGGUGGAUGGGAUCUGGAUAUCUCGACCGGCGAGUGCGAAUCGAGCGUCAUCCAAGCUCGAGAUGUCCACCACGACUACCCUCAUUGGGGAUUUCGACGGGCAGAAGGGCAAGGACAGGAGGAAACAUUUAUCGGAAGAAGCAAAGCUAGACUCGCGACCAAACUCGUCAUCGACGGGGGGCAAACCCGUCCCAUGGCGCACGACCUCGGACUAUUCCAACCUCGAAGGUCAUAUGGCCUCUGAUGUUGCGUCCAAUAAGUCGAUGCCCCUGCCCCAGAUAUCGGAGGAUCCGCCUCAGCUCGACCUCAACCGGAAUACAAGCCCACUAAAUGAGGAGGCGCUGCUUCAACUCGAAGAUCAGCAUGGAUAUAGGCCGUCGAUCAACACAUACGUCCCAUCAAGAUACUCGUCCCAGCACUCGAGUAUUCAGAGAAAUUACUACCGGCCGACAAAGCGCAGCUCGGCGUCCGUCUCCUCCUCGUCGUCCGUAUCGAGUGAUUCGAGCCACAGCCAAGGGGCUGUUCAGCCCCGCUCAGACCCCAGCUCAAGGAAUUCGAGCUCAUCUGGCAGAGGCUACCGAUCGUACGCGAGCAGGAGAUCCCACGAGCCGCGGCCAGUUCCGGCUAGCCCAUCCCAGUCAUCGCCUGACAAGUCAUCUUUCGAGUCCGCAGCGAGCCCAACCUCUCCCAGGGCAGAGCAGUCCUGGCAACAGAAGAGCAACUCACAAGCCUCAAGACACGGCCUGUACCAGCCUGUGGCCAUGCCACAGCCGACAUUUGGUCCGGGAGAUAACUAUGCACAUAUGAACCGGACGUCGAGGAAAGUGAAUUCUGGAUUUGAAGUCCUGCCAGCCGGCACUUUUGGCUAUCCGCAACAGCCGCUGAGUCCGAACAGUGACGGAUUUCAGGAUGCUGAUCUGGAAAACGAGGCAACGGCCAGGGAGCAGAGGAAGCUACAGAAAAAGAAUAGCAGAACUGCCCUUGCCGGAGCUCCUUAG